AUGGCGGGAGUGGGCUGGGCAGGUGGGGCCCAGCAGAGCGUGGCAGAAUGUGGGGCCCAGGACGGGUCGGGCUGUGGGCUGCGCAGCGGGCCAGUGUGUCCCGCGUCUCCCCUGGCAGCCCCCGAGGUAUAUGGCAGAGCCAGCCAUGCCAGUGCCAGCGUCUCUGCCACAGCUCUCUCCUGGAUUCAGGUCUGCAAGACCGGCUGCGAGUGGACGGUCUCCUGUUUACAUGCCCAGCACGUAGCCCAGUCCCUCACGGUGGAAGCACGAGGAAUCGUGAGGAACCGCAAGCUCCUUUGGUUACUUGAUCAGCGAACCAUCACCGUGAAAGACCAAGCGUUUGGUCCCAUGAAGCAGGUAGAUAGAUACCGUGGUGCAGACCGCAGCUGCAGAGUCCGACGGUCCCGGGGUCGGUCCGCCUGCCCUUCGCCCCGUCACCUGCCCGCGGUCAGCCUCGCUGCCCGGGCCGUGGCCGCUCGCCUGCCCCGCGGGACCCUGCGCCCCUUGUGCGGCCGCUGUGCGCUGCGCCCGCCGCCCCCCGCGAGAUGUUCUCAUUCUGGAGGGGAACAAUGUCUAGAAAUUCCUUCUGCUAAAAAAUUAACAGAUAUAGGAAUUAGAAGAAUCUUUUCUUCAGAGCAUGACAUUUUCAGGGAAAGUGUAAGAAGGUUUUUUCAAGAAGAAGUGAUUCCUCAUCACUCAGAAUGGGAGAAAGCUGGACAAGCGAGUAGGGAAAUUUGGGGAAAAGCUGGAAAACAAGGACUGCUUGGUGUCAGUGCUGCAGAGCAUCGUGGCGGUGUUGGUGGGGACUUGUAGUCGGGUGUUGUUUGGGAGGAGCAAGCAUAUUCAGACUGCACAGGCCCAGGUUUUAGUCUUCAUUCAGAUAUUGUGUUGCCUUAUAUUGCAAACUAUGGCUCAGAAGAACAGAUUAAGUGCUUCAUCCCCCAGAUGACUGCAGGCAAAUGUAUUAGUGCCAUAGCAAUGACAGAGCCUGAGGCUGGAAGUGAUUUGCAAGGAGUAAGAACAAAUGCCAAAAGGGAUGGAAGUGACUGGAUUCUCAGUGGAAACAAGGUGUUGUUCAUCACUAAUGGGCAAUUAUGUGAUGUUGUGAUUGUAGUCGCAGUCACAACUCGUGAAGUUCACUCCCCUGCCCAUGGCAUUAGCCUUUUUCUGGUGGAAAAUGGAAUGAAAGGCUUUAUCAAGGGACGAGAGCUACAUAAAAUGGGAUUAAAAUCCCAGGAUACUACAGAACUGUUCUUUGGAGAUGUACGGUUGCCAGCUAGUGCCUUACUUGGAGAAGAAAAUAAGGGCUUCUAUUACCUCAUGCAAGAGCUUCCACAGGAAAGGCUGGGAAUUGCUGUCUUAGCAGUUUCAGCCAGUGAAUUCAUGUUUGAAGAAACCAGGAACUAUGUUAAAUGCAGAAAAGCUUUAGGGAAGACAGUUGCACAAAUACAGGUCACCGGUGUUCCUGUCGCCAGGCUGACGUCUGUCUGCACCAACACCCUUGAAAGGGGCGAGGCGGCCGACCUCCGUGCCCGCGCCAAGAGCACCGAGGGCCCGCGCCUUGAGAAAGGCCACCGAGGCUUCUUCCGCGGCCGGGAAGGGCGGCGUCCACACUCCUGGGCGGCGAGGGCGCCCGGGGCUCGGACGCACAGAACCCGCCGGCUCCGGCCGCUUCUGGGAGCUGGAGAGUCAGCCGGGGGACAAUUCCGCACGCGGGGGCGCUCAGUUCUGGAACGGGAAACCCUGAGGGAGAUGCGGGAUCCCGAAGCCGGGAUGUGCGGCCCCGGGCUCUUCGCUUCGGUGGCGGCGGAGGCGCGGAACCCUAAACCCGGACCUGGCGGGAGCCGCGGUCUCCUUGCCUGA